AUGAAUAUAAUAGAGGAGGGUGCACGUUUCAAUAAUUGGUUAUUCCGCAAGUUCGACCCAAAAUCGAGUGUUUUCUUAAGAUGGCUUAACAGUUUUGAAUAUGUAAUCGAAUUAUCUCAAACAAAAGAUGAUGAAAAAGUUAAGUGUUUAUUAGAUAUGAUGGAACCAUCAGCCCUAGAACAAAUUAAGAAAAAAUUACAUCCUUCCAAACCUAUUGAUCUUCCAUACGAUAAUAUUAUAACCGUAUUGGUGAAAACUUUCUCGCAUUUUAAAGCAAGUGAGGUACACAAUCAUCGUUAUUUAUUACGAAAGCAAUUGCCGUAUGAAUCAAUAGAACAUUAUGUCCUUGCAUUAAAAAAGUUAUACAAUAAAUGCACUCCUWACGUGAAAAAUUCGGUUAAUAUAACAAAUCGAUUCGUGGAAGGAUUAAUGGACGAGGAAACAAAAAAAUGUUUGAAAUGCGAUAAAAACAUAACAUUCUCCAUAGCAGUAGCUAUAGCUAAGCAAACGGAAUUGGCUGAGCAGAUAAAAAAUUUAGAAAUACAAUCUUCCGAGUAA